GAGCAGAGAAGGGUGAGGCGGCAUGGGGGGCGGGGCCUUCCGCGAGCAGGGAAGCUGCCGUGGUAGCGGCUGCGGUGCGCGAAAGCUCCUUUCCGAAGCCGCAUUUCAACAAACUUUUCUUUGAAUACAUGCUCCACUUCUCAACACCAUGGAACGUGUUUCCUGGCAGGUUUGCAACUAGCAGGAGGAUUCUAGAUCAAGAGCGAAGUACAACAGGUAUUUGGCAAAGCCGUAACCUUGCUUGGAGAGUGAUCAGUCUGCUCUGAUGCCACUCAAGACUUCACAAGCCAUUGGCUGAUCUGUCCAAGCUGACUUCCUGCUAACGAUAUCAAGGAAAAUGAAAUAUUUAAUGGACUUCCUAAUACCUCUGAAUCUUUCAAGGCAGCAAAUGUGUGUGUAUAUGUGUGUUGAAAGGGGACAUCCUAUUUUCUGAAUGACAGAGAGCUCUGCCAUGGCUGGUGACCAUCACUGGAGGGGUCUCAGGAAUAUAUGCCAGAGUUAUCUGGAACAACCCUCACAGGAUUACCCUUCAGUCCUGGGGUCUUGCUGGUCUUAAUUACUUUAUGUAUUUGAUGUUAAAAAUGCUCUGAUGACCUUUUCAGACGUUGAUAGAUGUAAUGUAAACUUCAGCUGUUUGCAAAGAGAAAUGGAGGGUUUACGGACCUUACCAUGCAGCCUGCAUUUGACAGUUGCCACAACCUGCAGUUGGCUACAGUAACCAUGUGACCUUAGCUUACUGUUUAUAGAGCCUUAAGAGGCAUCCUGAGGAGGAAUUUCCUGCCAGUCUCUGAUCUUACUGUAACGCGGGGCAUUUGCCAAGUAUUGCCAUGAUGUGUGAGGUAAUGCCUACCAUCAGCGAGAGUGACCCCUUGGGGUCACAGCCGGGCUCUGAUUCUGAUGCCAACUUUGAACAGCUGAUGGUGAAUAUGCUUGAUGAGAGAGACAAGCUGCUAGAGACUCUUCGGGAAACACGUGAGACUCUGUCUGUGACUCAGGGCCGGCUACAGGAGACCGUGCAUGAGAGAGACCAGCUGCAGAGGCAACUGAACUCUGCUUUACCUCAGGAAUUUGCAGCACUGACUAGGGAACUCAAUGCAUGCCGAGAGCAGCUGUUGGAAAGGGAAGAGGAAAUAUCUGAACUGAAAGCAGAGCGUAAUAAUACAAGGCUUUUGUUAGAGCACCUGGAGUGCCUGGUCUCAAGACACGAACGCUCCCUGAGGAUGACUGUGGUGAAGCGGCAAGCUCAGUCUCCAUCUGGUGUCUCCAGUGAAGUUGAAGUUCUAAAAGCAUUGAAGUCUUUGUUUGAACAUCAUAAAGCAUUGGAUGAGAAGGUGAGAGAGCGCUUACGGGCAGCACUGGAACGAGUAGCUACACUAGAAGAACAGCUUUCUAGUGCUCACCAACAGGUAAGUGCUCUUCAGCAAGGCCCCUCCCAGAGGGAAGCACCUGUAGGAGAAGAUGAUAAAAGGACUGAGGGAAAAGAAUCUGGGCAGAAGCUACUUUGGAAGAGACUUCCUAAUGGCUCUAUACAUCCGGAUGAUGAGGCAAGCCGGACUGUGGAACUGCAGGAACUUCUAGAGAAGCAAAACUUUGAGGUAGCGCAAGCUAAAGAACGAAUAGCUGCUUUGGCUGCCAGUGUUGCUGAGCUAGAAGAAGAUCUAAGUACGGCCAGGAGGGACCUUAUCAAAUCAGAAGAAAUGAGCGGCAAGUACCAGAGGGACCUAAGAGAGGCUUUGGCACAGAAAGAAGACAUGGAGGAGAGGAUCACCACCUUGGAGAAGCGCUAUUUGGCAGCCCAAAGAGAAGCCACCUCCAUUCAUGACCUCAAUGAUAAACUAGAGAAUGAGCUGGCCAAUAAAGAGUCUCUCCAUCGCCAGUGUGAGGAGAAAGCACGGCAUCUCCAGGAGCUUCUCGAACUGGCAGAGCAGAAACUUCAGCAGACAAUGAGGAAAGCUGAGACGCUGCCUGAGGUGGAAGCUGAGCUGGCCCAAAGGAUAGCAGCACUCACCAAGGCAGAAGAAAGGCAUGGCAGUAUUGAAGAGCGACUGCGGCAGCUGGAGACUCAGUUGGAGGAGAAGAACCAAGAACUAGCAAGGGCCCGCCAGAGGGAGAAAAUGAAUGAGGAACACAACAAGCGGUUGUCUGAUACUGUGGAUAGACUGCUGAGUGAGUCCAAUGAGCGGCUUCAGCUUCAUUUAAAAGAACGGAUGGCAGCCCUUGAAGAGAAGAACACAUUAUUACAAGAACUGGAAAAUACCCAAAAACAAAUAGAGGAGCAGCAGCAUGACAAGAGAAGGCUGUCAGAUGAAAUUGACAAAUUGAGAUUAGAAAUUGACCAGUUAAAGACAAGAAGUGGAUCUUUUCUUGACAGUGUACAUACAAGGUCGCUUGUUGGAAGCACUCCAGACCUCAGGUAUCCCCUGAGUACUAUUGUCCAUGCACCAGCCGAGCCCUUUGGAGCACCCUCCAGUCUUCACCGGGCACCAAAGAGCCGAUUUACAACUCUGCGGGAAGACCCCUCCAAGGACUGGGACCUUGCUCAGCCAGGUGGGGUCCUUGCCGCUACAUCUCACACCUUUGACAGUGACCCAGAGAUCUCUGAUGUUGAUGAGGAUGAUCGGGAGACUGUGUUUAGUUCCAUGGACAUGCUGUCUCCAAGCGGUCACUCUGAUGCCCAGACCCUUGCUAUGAUGCUGCAGGAACAGCUUGAUGCCAUCAAUGAGGAGAUCAGAAUGAUCCAGGAGGAGAAAGAAUCAACUGAGCUGCGGGCUGAGCAGUUGGAGAGCCGUGUCACCAGUGGUAGCAUGGAGGCCCUGAAUCUAACACAGCUACGCAAAAGAGCAUCUAUCCCCACCUCCCUUACUGCCUUAUCCUUGGCCAGCUCAUCUCCUCCUGUCAGUGGGCGCUCUACUCCCAAGCUCACCUCUCGCAGCGCAGCUCAGGAUCUUGAUCGGAUAUGCAGCAUGACCCUGCCUAGUGACUUGAGGAAACACAGGAGGAAGCUACUUUCACCAGCUGGUCGAGAUGAGAGUCGAGAAGAUAAAACCACCAUAAAAUGUGAGACUUCUCCUCCUUCCUCACCCAGGACACUGCGGCUGGAGAAGCUUGGACAUCCUGCUCUGAGCCAGGAGGAAGGCAAGAGCUUUUUAGAGGACCAAGCAAGUAAUCCCAGCAGCAGUAACAGCAGCCAGGAUUCUCUGCACAAAGGUUCCAAAAGGAAAGGCAUCAAAUCUUCUAUUGGGCGCUUGUUUGGAAAGAAAGAGAAAGGACGCUUGAUCCAGCUCAGCAGAGAAGGCGCUACUGGGCAAGUUAUGUUGACAGAUUCAGAGAUAAACAUACAGGACUCUCUUGGUCUUGGCAAACUAGGAGCUCAAGCAGAAAAAGACCGACGGCUCAAAAAAAAACAUGAACUUUUGGAAGAUGCUCGAAGAAGGGGCAUUCCCUUUGCUCAGUGGGAUGGCCCAACUGUAGUCUCCUGGUUGGAGCUUUGGGUAGGCAUGCCUGCCUGGUAUGUUGCAGCCUGCAGAGCCAAUGUAAAGAGUGGUGCUAUCAUGUCUGCCUUGUCGGAUACAGAGAUCCAGAGGGAGAUUGGCAUUAGUAAUGCUCUUCACCGAUUAAAACUGCGCUUGGCCAUUCAGGAAAUGGUAUCACUAACAAGCCCUUCAGCUCCACCUACUUCAAGGACAUCAUCUGGAAAUGUUUGGGUGACACACGAAGAGAUGGAAACUAUGGCAACUUCAACCAAAACGGACACUGAGGAGGGCAGUUGGGCACAGACAUUGGCUUAUGGGGACAUGAAUCAUGAGUGGAUAGGGAAUGAAUGGCUUCCUAGUCUGGGUCUCCCACAAUAUCGCAGCUAUUUCAUGGAGUGUCUUGUGGAUGCACGAAUGCUGGAUCAUCUGACUAAGAAAGAUCUUCGAGUGCACCUCAAGAUGGUGGACAGUUUUCACCGCACAAGCCUGCAGUAUGGUAUCAUGUGCCUGAAAAGACUAAACUAUGAUAGAAAAGAGCUGGAGAGGAGGCGGGAGGAAAGUCAGCAUGAAAUCAAAGAUGUGUUGGUUUGGACCAAUGAUCAAGUAAUUCACUGGAUUCAGUCUAUUGGGCUUAGAGAAUAUGCAAACAAUAUUGUUGAGAGUGGAGUCCAUGGAGCCCUCAUAGCAUUGGAUGAAAAUUUUGAUUAUAAUAGUCUGGCACUUGUGUUACAAAUACCCACUCAGAACACUCAGGCACGACAAGUGAUGGAGAGAGAAUUCAACAAUCUGCUUGCCUUGGGCACUGAUAGGAGGCUUGACGAUGGUGAUGACAAGACUUUUCGACGAACUCCCUCCUGGCGAAAGCGCUUCCGCCCCCGAGACUUUCACAGCAUCAGCAUGCUCAGUGGAUCAGCAGAGACGCUCCCAGCAGGGUUCCGAGUGACCUCCUUGGUGCCCCUUCCACCUCCUUCAGCACCACCGAAAAAAAUGCCACCAGAAGUUGGUGCAUCUGGGUCCCAAAGGCUGGAGACAUCCACAGUUCGCACAUAUUCCUGCUGAGAUUCAGUUUCCAAUGGGACCAUUGGCCCAGGGCCCAGCACAUUCCCACUACUUGUAUGGUUAUACACUGGCUGCUUUCCGAGAUUAGGCCAGAGACCAGACUGUGCCUGCUCCUUGGCUCCAAAGAACAGAAGCUACAGGCCAACCAUUUUAGGCCACAUGGCCAAAAGAAGAUUCUUCCUCCUGCUUGUACACAACCCCUGAUCUCCUGUUUGGUGUCCUUAAACCCCAAUUAUAUCUGUGGCUUCCCAUUUAUCUCCCCCGUUCCCUUGGCUUUAGACAUGCUCUCACUGAGAAAGAGAACAGACAUCUCUCUCCCCACUGUGUGUGAUGCAGUGAUCUUGAUGUAGGUCUGGUAAGACAUGGAAGCACCUUAAUAGUGGUCUGCAGCAGUCCCUGCACCAUUAUCUGCCUGUGUUUCAUUUUGCCAAUAUGCCUGAGAGCAGCAGUAGCUGCUUGUUCCCACCGUACAGCUCAGACCCAAUAAGACAAUCGUUAAGGAGACAAAGGCAAUGAUGAGACUAUGGGAGACCCAGCUCUGAACUCCCCCACAAACGCAGCAGCAGGCAUUUCUGCUGGGACUGCCCACCAUGCCACAGGCAACAAGGAACAUCUGCCAAUGGGCAGUAUUGUUCCUCUGAUGUAAAAGGGCCAGGGCUGAAAGCAGGGCAUGGAGGUGCUUGGUGAGAAGGAGAGAGUAGCUACCAAACAAGUUUGUAUGUCUUCCAGGUCCCUUUGUCAUGUAUGAAAUGAAAUCUGACGCUGGGAGUUCAAGUGAUGUCCUCAGAUCUCUGUUGGGUAAACAGUAAAUGCUCUUAUCUUUCCCUGUAGACAAACAGAAAAUCUCCCCUUUCUUCUCUUUGCAUUUACAGAUAGCCUGUGAUCCAAAAAGGUUCCUAGCUGUUUCUUCCUUCUAGGGUAGGAUCCGUUUGUCUCCUCAUGCUGCCUUUUGCCUAGUGUGGCCCUCUUAUUACUGACGUGGUAUUUCUUGGUGGCUGGAAUGCCCUAUACUCAUACCGUGCUGUUUGGAAGUGCAAUAUCCAAGAGACUGUACAGUUGCAAUGUCUUUUUGGUGUACGACUUGCCUAAUACAGUAUUAAAUAUUUUUUUAAUUUAAAGAGUAAGUGAUCCCUUUAUAUCAACAACCUCUUUCUUUUGUCAUAUUAUUGGUACUGCAUGGAUUCCAAACCCUGCAAAAAAAGUCAGGAAUGGGUGUAUGUGUGUUCCAAUAAAUCUGAUUUUAAAGCAA